AUGCGUUUCUCAACUCUUCUUUCCACCACUCUCUUGCUUUCCAGCACCUCGCUGGCUAAGCCCGCCGAAGUCUCGUCCCAAUUGGGCAAUGCCUCGUCACAGGGGGCUUCGCCAGAUGAGCAGCUUGUAGCACCUCCCACGAGCGCGGCCGCCCAACCUACUCUGGCCGAAACCACCACCGCAGCCUCGAAGCCAACGGCCGAUAACAUCCUACAGGGCCCCGAGGAGCCGGCCACUACCACUGCCGCCGUCCAGCAUCCUCAACAGCAGCAGCAGCAGCAGCAGCAGCAGCAGCAGCCCAAUGACCAGCAAUCCGAUUCCCAGGCCGCCGCGCCAACGACCGAAGCCGCUAUCCCGCAACCCAGCUCGGCCGAUGCCACCACCGCAGGUGCCACCACAACCGGAGGAGAUGGUCUUUUGGGAUUCCUGAACCCGUCCCAGUCCAGCGACUCCAGCGCUACCGAACACCAGGCAACUCAAUCCAGUGCUGCCGCUCCCGAGCCUUCUGCACAGAGCUCUGACACCAACACCGCCGCUGCCGAGUCUACUACUCCCGAGCCCACUACGACAAAGGGUGGGUUGGGUGGUAUUUUGGGUGGAGGAGACAGCUCCUCUACCUCGACCAGCAGCUCGGCAACCGCUUCUUACACUCACAUCAGCGGUGACCCAAGUGGUAACAUUCUGCAGGAUCUUGGAAACUCGUUCGAUGGUCUGACUGGUCUGCUCUCGCCCACCUUCCUCAAGGAUGUCGAGUCUUUCUUCCACCACUUCGCCUACCUGUUCGAUGACAAGACCACCGUCCAGACCAAGAACCUGGUUGAUGUUGGUUCCUCGUUCUUGACCAAGGACUUGGUCAAGGAGGUCAACGGUCUCUUGACCAACGCCAACGACUUGUUGACACCUAGCUUCGUUAACGAGACCUCUUCGCUCAUUAGCGAGCUCGGACCUCUUAUCACCCCUGGCUUGUUCAAGAAGGUUUCCACUCUGUUGGAUAACGGUAAUGACCUUCUCACUGGUGACUUCGUCAAGGAGGUCAACGGUUUGAUCGGCAACGCCAAUGAUUUGUUGACGCCAAGCUUCGUUAAUGAAACUUCUUCGCUCAUUAGCGAGCUUGGCCCGCUUAUCACUCCCGGCCUGUUCAAGAAGGUUUCCACUCUGUUGGAUAAUGGUAACAACCUUCUUACUGCCGACUUUGUCAAGGAGGUCAAUGGCUUGAUUGGCAAUGCCAACAACUUGCUCACUCCUGAGUUUGUCAAGGAGACUUCUUCCUUGAUCAAGGCUGUUGGACCUAUCCUGACACCCGAGUUGCUCAAGGAGGUCAACAACCUGCUCACCAACGCCAACGAUCUGUUGACAUCGGACUUCGUGAAGGAGACCAAGUCGCUGAUCAGCGCUGUCGGACCGCUCCUCACCAAGGACCUGUUCAAGAAGGUCAACACCUUGUUGAGCAACGCCAACGACCUCUUGACCCAGGACUUCGUCAAGGAGACUUCCUCCUUGAUUGGCGCUGUCGCCCCUGUCCUCACUUCGGAUAUGCUCAAGGAAGUUGGCGGCUUGCUCAACAACGCCAACGACCUCCUGACCCCCAACUUCGUCAACGAGACCCAGGGACUCAUCGGCAGCGUCGCCCCUGUCUUGACCCCCGACGUUCUCAAGCACGUCAGCGGCUUGUUGACCGCCGCUGGCUCGCUCCUGACUGAUGGUUUCGUCAAGGAGACCCAGGGUCUGGUCGGCAACGCCAACGACCUGCUCACCAAGGACUUCGUCAAGGAGACCCGUGACCUGAUCGGUGACCUCUCCCCCGUCAUCACCCCCAAGCUGCUCGGAGAAGUCAGCGACCUCUUGAACAACGCCAACACCCUCUUGACACCCAAGUUCGUCAACGAGACACAAGGCUUGAUCUACGAGGUGUCCCCAGUCAUCACCCCCGAUCUCCUCAAGCAGGUCAAGGGUCUCCUGGGCAACGCCAACAAGCUGUUGACCGACAAGUUCGUCGACGAGACCUCCACCUUGAUCGACAACGUGUCGCCCGUCGUCACUCCUCACCUGCUCGAAGAAGUCGGCUACCUCGUCGGCAACGCCACUUCUCUGUUGACUCCUAACUUUGUCAACGAGACCAGAAACCUGAUUGACGACGUUUCGCCGGUUGUGACUCCUGAUCUUCUCAAGGAGGUUGGCGGUGUCCUCGACAACGCCCACACCCUGCUGUCUCGCAAGUUCGUCAACGAGACUCAGACCUUGAUUGAAGAUGCUUCCGAGUUGCUCCCUGCUGUCGUCAAGAUUCUGGGCACGAUGUGA